AUGUCUUCAGGCCGACCCGAGAUCCCACCCACUCAACCUUCCUUCACCCUCAGGAACUCGCACACAUCUCUACUACCUAAGCCGAACCCGUGGUCCGUCCGCGCUGUCCUGAAAGACCUCCCUCAUACCCCAUUCGAAGACUCCUCCUCUCCCAUACCAUUCUUCCACUACCUUGAGCGCCUGAAGAUCGAGAAACGCGAGGGAUGGCGAAGAUUUGGUAUUUCAACCGGCGAAUCUAUAGCUGACCACAUGUACCGCAUGUCCCUGAUCACCAUGCUUGCGCCGCCUGAACUGAGUUCACGGUUGGAUAUCCCGCGGUGUACGAAGAUGGCCUUGGUCCACGACAUGGCCGAAGGGCUUGUUGGGGACUUGACGCCUGUCGAUGGUGUACCGAAGGUGGAAAAGAACCGACGUGAGGCUGAGACCAUGGAUUGGGUCGCUCAGUCAUUACUUGGAAAGGUGCAUGGUGGCAUUCCAGGCAAAGAUCUUCGCGCUGUCUGGCAAGAAUAUGAGGACAGCGAGACUCUGGAGUCGAAAUUCGUUCAUGACGUUGACAAGUUGGAGCUGAUCCUGCAGAUGGUGGAGUACGAGCGUGCGAACAAUUGUGCCAUUGACCUGAGCGAGUUCAGCUGGGUGGCGAGGAGAAUCAGUCUGGAAGAGAUGAAGGCGUGGGCACAGGAGAUCUUGGAUGAAAGAGCAGAGCUGUGGAAGAGUAAGGACAUGGCUCCCCGAGAACCCACAAAGGCAGCGACAAUCAAGGAGCAACAGGACGAAUACUACAGCAACGGGGAAGGCAAGACGUUAGGCAACGGAGUGACCGAGAUGAAUGGACAUGCGAACUGA